AUGAGUGGCGCGAGUCCUGCGAAUGAGGUUUGGGAUGGAAAGGGAGUUGUAGUGAUCCGAGCACUUGUGGUGGUGGUAGUGGUGGUACAGAUUUCUAGUUUUCUGAAACGUCUAGUGGCCAUGCGCCAGCCAUUUGUCUUAACGCGGAGUGUGGUUGUAUGGCUUUCCCCUUAUCAAACGCCGUUCCCAAGUCUUAAUCUCAGCCGUAAUGCCACAAACCUGUAUCCAGAAUACAUGGCCCAUCGGGUGCCACAGAUUUUCACGGAGAUUGAUGUGUGGAUUAGAAAGAGAGAAACCUCCGGUGCGAACGAGUCAGACAACUAUCUAAUACACAGACCAUACCAUCCCCAUCAUCUGUUUCACUUGCUUGAUGUGAGGUAUGGCGUGGAGGGGGCUGUGCGGCAACGGUUUGAGAGUCUGGCGCGACUGGCCUUCGAGCACGGGAUGCGAGUCAAUGAGUUGGCCGCCUGUGAUGUCCCCAAACCACAGCUCGUCUACUUCAAAGACCCCAAUAAAGUAUACCUUCCGAGAGCAACACUACUGCACCGGUGCAGUGAUCUGACCGGUUGUUGUCCGCACUCCACCCACACAUGUAUGGCAUUGGAGACCAAAACGGUGGACCUAUUCUUCUACACAAUUGUCUUAAAACCAAAUCAUCUAAACCCAAGAAAAGUGUCACAAAUGCAAAACAUCGACAGAAUUACAUUCGCUAACCACACGAAGUGCGGGUGCCGUAUGCGGUCUGAAUACAUGCCCCCACCGGACACUGGCUAUGAUUUGGGACUCGAGUAUAAACACAUGUAUCAGUCGUCACCUAAUCUCUACAAUAAUUACAACAAUCUAACAAAUUAUAUCAAUUAA